ACCGAACCGUGCACACAAUCAUCCUUGUUGACAACUUGAAUAGCCUUUUGUGAUGCGCUCGACUAUUAUUAAUGACGAAACGCUAUAGGCCUAGUGCAUUCACUUUGCCAUUGCAAUCACUGUGAUAAGCAUUAUAAACAUUGUCAAAAUCGCCCUACUAUUAAGGAAGGGGAAUAAACGCACAGAAAGAUGACUGGAUUUCGUCAGCUUGUGGUGGUUUCUCUACUUCUAGCGUUCUGCGAGGUUUGUCGGCCGUGUAGCGUGGUCAACUGGCGGCACAAGAGUGUUGCCGAGCAGGCAGCCGAGGCGAAGAUCAUCGUGUACGGGACGGUCAGGGCGCACUACCCGAUGCCCGAUGUUCCCAUUGAAAAUGCCUAUGUUGCUGAAAUGGACGUCACCUGUAACUUGAAAGGCGAAGUCCUACCAGCUAGGAUUAACAUCUCCGAAGCAGGAGAACUGACGUCUUGUCAUCACACGCUGCUACCGAUCGGCGGAGCGUUCAUCACCUUCCUCGAGCGGGACGCGUCUAGUCAGCUCGUACCGGACGAAGUCAACUAUCUCUCUGUGGCCUUCCCGCCGACUACUGAGAACGCGUAUGGCGUGGGCAAAGCCGUGGGGGACCUGGCCGAGAAAUGCCCGCAGCUUCACAGCCAAAUCGGUGAUUAUACGGGCGGCGACAACAGUGCCGCGAUUGGAAAACCCGGUCCACUGAUCUGCUUCGUUGCCGUGCUUAUUGCGACAAUGAUGAACUAGACUCCUGAUAUUUAGUGAAGUCCAUAUAGCCGUGUCGGGUUGUUAGGGAAUUCUGCAAAUUAACGUUAUCACCAAUGAAUUUGACUUCAAAGCUAGAAGCAAUUCAUAAAAAGAAACAGGCCAUUAGCGAUAUGAGGGCGCCGUACGACGAACAGUUGCGGGACGCAAUGUAACCGCUAUCUUAAAUUAAUUAAUUAAUUAGAUUAAAAAUAAUUUUAUUCAUGUAAAGUGUACGCUGGAUUCACGGAGUCUAGCCUUUUUGUAAAAUUACGAAUGAAAAUCUUCAUUGCGUUAUGGUUGGACUACGUUUUUAUUAUGCAAACCAUGCAUUGGUUUAGGAAAAAAAAAACUUUGAGACUUAAAGAAAGAAAAGUUUGGUUUUUUGGGUUCAGCAUAUCUGGUUAGAGCCGGAAGCGCCAUUUACGUCAUGGAACAUCCCAGGCACUCAGUGGUACCAGUACUAGAACCCGUAUCAUGAUCAAAUUAAAUGGUUUAUUAACAUGAUCGUAAAAGAUUGUAAAAACGAAAGAGUUCUGCAUUUUUUUCCUUUGAAUACCACAGGCCAAAUACAAGCCCAACUUUAAAUGUACCUUUGAACAUGCAGUGAUAAACCCAUGCUUGACAUUUUUUAUAGUACACAAAUAUAGUGGCACUUAUAUUAGGAAUACGUUAAAAAGACUUACGGAAAAUGAAGUAUUGUAAUAUGCUUUAAUCACACCAAAGGUCCGUAAUGACGCAUGAUGAAGUAAUGUACCAUGAUAAUACGUCUUAUAUAAAAUCAAUGAAACGAAUUUGAUUGCUGAGUAACUUGGUUUGGCAUAGACGAGACGAAAUCGAAUACCCGGGACGAAAAUGAUGUGUUCAUUGUUUGAUUGGUCAAACCAAAUUUGAAAUUGUCUAAAGACGAAAUUAAAUAUUUGAAGUGUACUAAAUCGAUGUUGCUCAGUGGACGAAUUUGUUUAUUAGGAACGGUGAAUUCGAAUGAUAAACGUUUUACAAUAGCCGGGAAAACCUGUGCUAUUUAAUAUUUGCAAUCUAACUUGUCAAAAAGUAAAACCAAACAAGCGAUAAAAUGGAACACAAACUGAAAGGUAAUAAUUUUAGUAAUGAAUGAAAAAGAUCAAAGCAAAGAGCAUAUCAUUAAACUUUGAGACUAAAAUAGA